GACUGUAAAACGCAUUUCAAUUCGCAUUUCCUAAAACACACCCAAAUGCGGUGUUUAUUAAACUUAGGCUUCAUGAAAAACCGUGGCGUAUUACCGUGCAGCAGGUGGUUAACCGUAAGUUUAAGCUUUCAACGAUGGAGUCACAAUGCGAGUGCUUUAUGUAUUUUCCUGCCGCCCCAAUUUCGAGUAUGUCAGAAGCAGCGAAGUACACAACUCUCCCACGGCGAAACCACGUCUACCACGGGGAGACCGUGCAGUUCCUGCUAGUUUUGCGGUCUCGGAGAGCCGGAGAGAGGGAUGGCAGCUCUGCUAUUCUACCUUGGAAAGACCUGGUGGGUUCUUUGUCGGCUUUGGCGAGUGUGUCCGUCGCUGAGAGCGGACAGCAGACACCCGGUGAGUCCCCGCCAGACCUCCAGAGCAGCAGCAGCAGUGAGGACAGUGUGGACGUCAGCGCCGAGGAGAGUGAGCCUCGAACCGGGGACAACCGGACUUUCAGACAAUGCAGCCCGCUUUUCAGCCGCAAUUUCUCUCCCAGUGGUGAGAAACAGCUUGGGAGGGACCAAGUGAAGUCUUCUCUGGUGUUGGAUGACCAGGUUAUCUUCUGCCUCACUGUAUCUUUGGACAAACUUCCAAUCAACACAAUCAAAGCCAAGUUUGUAGUGACUGUGUGGAAGCAGGAGGAGGACAAGGGGGAAUUAAGAGAAUAUGGCUAUCUGACUCUUCUGCAGCUCAGGAGUCCAACACACACCUUCAAACAAAACCUGAGCACCUUCAAGACACAGGUCAGCACCACCCUGGAUGUCCUUCCACCUCCCAGUGUCCAGUGUCAGCAGAUGACCAUCUCUGGAAAACACCUGACUGUCCUCAAGGUGUUGAACAGCAGCUCUCGAGAGGAUAUGUGUGUCAGAGAUGUGAAGAUCCUUCCGAACUACAACUCAUCCUACCUCCCCAUGAUGCCAGAUGGCUCAGUUCUUAUAGUUGACAAUGUCUGCCACCAAGCAGCAGAGAUCACCGUGGCUUCAUUCUGUCGAAUAGACAGCAAGUCAUCACAUUUACCCAGCAUGCUCAGUGCCCUGGAAGAACAGAACUUCCUAUUCCAGCUGCAUUUACAAGAAAAAAGAGAAGAGGACUCCAGUGAGGGUUUGGAAGUCCCAUUGCUGGCUGUGGUACAAUGGCACACUCCAACACGUCCUUUAAUGAGAUACAUCUCUACUUUUUACUCAUUGCCUAGUAUCCGCAUUCAUCGUCCUCUACUGGUGAUGACAGCUUCUUGUCCCAGUACUGUUAGGCCUCUGGAGAACUUCUGGGUAAAAUACACACUGUUAAACAACUUGCAGGACUUCCUGGCCAUUCGUCUGAUAUGGAAUUCUGAAGGUCCUAAGAGUCAGCUCGACCCCAGUGUGGGAGCAGUGGUGUGCCGGUCUCCCCUCAACGACCUGGGACAGUGUAGAAAAGGUUCUACCCUCUCCUUCACAGUUGCCUUCCAGAUUGUCAGAACAGGACUUUUUGAGUUGAGCCAGCAUAUGAAGCUAAAGCUGCAGUUUACAGCCUCUGUGUCCACUUCGCCCAUGGAGCUUCAGUCAUCACCGAGGAGUUCUCCAUUAUCAUUCAGCCCAGUGCGACAUGGCCUGAGCCGAUCUCAAAGCUUUUCCCACCAACAACCUUCCAGGCCACGCUACUUCAGAUCCGGCGAAGCAGUGGAAUGUCAGGCCAUGACCCCACUUGGAGGAUCUGUUCACAGAGCCCUCUUCUUGUCCAAUGACCCCACCCUCAUUCCACUGGAAAAAAUAGCCAAGAGACAGUGUAAGGUGUUAGUGCUGGAACCAAUCCAAGAGGCACACAGCAGAUGGCCUGGAGUGGAGGCACAUGCUAAGGAUACAAACAUUUAAGCCUUGUAGUUUUGCUUGGAUGGCUUCUGAACCCAGAGCAGCCUUGGGUUCUAUCCAGCCACCUCAUCUUCUGCUUUAAAGAGGUACCUAAAAAGAAACAACAUGCUGCAAUCAACACCUGGAUGGAGUCAUCCAGUAAUGGAUGGAAACAAAUGUAACUGACCCGAAAGGAGUGGUGCUGAUGUCACAUGGAGAGAGGACGGGAGGGAGGAGGGUGCUGAGAGGAUACUGCAAGUUAGAAGUGAUGAAAGAAAACCCCUCGUGGAGCAACACCAUCUUCAUUCUGUUGGUUCAUCACUUAACUAGAUGAGUUACCUCCACUCUUUCAGAUCAGUGUUUUUAACCCAGUCUGCUUAUAUUUCAAAAUUCCAAUUUUCCUUAUUGUACAUUUCUUUCAAAUGUUAAUUCCUUUUUUAAGCUAUGGUUUUGUUCAGGAAAUUCCAGAUUGCCUUUUUGUGUAAGGCCUAGUAGCCCAAUUCAGCAGUGCCCUAUAUUUCUUAUGGUAGAGUAGCAAGAGAAACCCCUACCAAGCUGUUGUUGUCGUCGGAACAAAUGGUCCAAACUUUCACUGCUACACCUUUUCAGUAAAUGAAAUGCAGCAUGCCAAAUGAAAAGAGUCGGGGUUGUUGCAGGGUGUAUUCUAUAAUUUGACAGAGCGAGGCUAGCAGCCAGUCUUGGUGCUAUUCCAACUCGUUCUGUGCUAAACAUGUAAAUUGAUAUUGAUCUGCUAAAUGUGAUUCUAGAUGAGACUAAUAGAUAGCUCCCGUAUGUAGGUCAGACGGCUAAAAGCUGGGACUGAUGCUGCUCUGUAUCCUAGGCGGGAAAGUUCCUGUUGUUUUUGUUUGUUUGCUUAUUCUUUGCUCAAAUAGAACACGUACCAGCUUAGAUUUCAUCAAUAUCAGUUUGUUCAGUUUUUUGUAUAUAUGGGGUUUAAUUUAAUAAAAAAUGUAUUUGUUUUUGUUCUUUUGAACUGGACUGCAAACAUUUUGUAGGUUUGCACUGGAUGUCAGAGUUAAUGAGCUGUUGUUGUGGCCUCUCCUAUGAGGAAGUGGUUUCCAUGUAGAGUUUAUAAUUAAAAUGUGACAGAACUUGAAUGUUGGUAAGACAGUAGACCGGCUGAUAUGGUUGAAUCUAAUUGUCCUAAAGCUCUUUAUUUAUUACUGUUGUUGAAUUAUUUCAUUUACAGUUCUGUAGAAUAAGCUUUUUAAUUGAUGUUUAUGUCUUUUUGUUUGACCUUUCACAUGCACUCCAAGGCCUGUCAGUACACCAGUUUGCUAGCAGCUUUUAUAUUGUAGUCUCCUCACUUUGUUGUUAAAUAGCGCAAACUCCAGCUGUGCAGCAUAUAUUAAAAAGUGGCUGAAAACAGUUUUAAUGACGUUUAUCUAGAGUGUAAGCCCUGUGUGUGUGAAAACCAGGCCCCAUGCUCCAUAUGAAUCCUGCUGCUGUUUGUGGCUGCAGGUAUUUCAGUAGCUGGAAGCAACAGACUAAACUUAAGCUCCUGUUAAUGUUUUGUGGGGGGAAAAAUCAAAUUACAUUCAUUAUUGGUGAGUGUCAUAAGUUUAAGCUGUUAUUGUCUGUUUUUAUUGCAGUAAGUUUUUAUUUUUAAGGACAUGUAAGUCUGACUUGAAAGAGCAAAAUGAAUGGGUAAGGUGUGUUUUAAUUGUUGACAGACUGUGUGCUCUUUGUGUUGCUGUAAUGUGAUGUUGUAAAUCACUGUACACAACUUGCAGUGUAUGCCUUUCCAUUAAUGUGACUGGGUGAAGUUUAAAGUUAUGCCACGUUGAUAGUGAUGCGGAACCAUCACUAGGUCCAACCUGUCAAGAGUGUCGUCCCUACUUUUUACAGAAAAUUUCUUUAGAUGAGGUGGGCCUGUAGCUGUGGAGGUUAGAUGUUCCACCUCCUUUAUGUAAAGGGCUUACAUAAGCAGCCUUCCAGACUCUAAGAAGUGUACCAUGGAAAACCAAAAGGUUAAAAAAACAAGUUGUAGCUAACUACAAUUGAAGUGACCAACAUUCAAAAGAAGGGAUGAAGACCAUCCACACUAAGCAGACUCUUUGAAUCUUUGACUGCCCUCUUGACAGAAUCGAUGUAGUUCAACCAAAUUUGUUGGCUUUCUGACACAGACUUGUUUCUGGACACAGUCCACUGAUUCUCGAUGGGGUUUGAGUCAAGACUUUGGGAAGUCCAGUCUGAAACCUGGCUUCUAGUCUGAUGUAGCUACUUUUUUACCACUUUGGAUGUGUGCUUGGGGUCAUUGUCUUGUUGGGGCACCCAACUGUGUCUAAGACCCAACCUGAAGAAUGUGGAGAUAAUCCCUUUUUCAUUAUUCCGUUCCACUGGCAGCAAAGCAGCUAGAGAGCAUAAUACUACCACCACCAUGCUGUGACAGUAGGUUUGGUGUUCUUGGAGUUAAAGGCCUCACCUUUUCACCUCCAAACAUAUUGCUGGUCACUGGGGCCAUUUUUUUGUGUGUGUCAUUCCACCCCAAAACCUUCUAGAAGACCAUAUUUUUUCUGUUUGAUCCCCAACAAACAUCAGCUGGGCUUCAAGGUGGUGUUCUGGAGGUAGGGCUUCCUUCUUGCAUGGCAGCGUCUCAGCCUAUGAAGAUGUAAAACAACUUCUAAUUCAUUAAAGACCUGCUUUUUGAUGAUUCUU